AUGCCUUCGCUGCCGGAGCGUCCGCGCUCCUCGCAAGAGGCUCUCCUUCGUCUCGAAAAGGGAACGGCGCCGCCUGAAAUCCAGCUCAACGAGGCCGCCCAAAUUAUCGGAUUAGACUUGUCGUUAUGCGCGAGCCAUCCAGAGAUCAACCGAGCCCCUCAUAUCCCGAUCCAUGCUGCGCCGAAGGAAGAAUGGGUCCUGCGGUGGUUAUUGAAGAAACUGAAGGCUGGAAGAAACUAUCGUGUCGAGCCGGCAUCCUUUCUUUUAUUACGGCAGCUCAUCGACCUUAUUCCUCCUAAGACACUUGCAUCGACAUUGAAGGAUUAUCAAUUUUUUGGAAUUCUCGACUAUACGAUCACAGAUCUGACGGACGACGUGGUGAUCGGCCUUGGGAAUGGGAUAAACGAGCAGCCGACUUCUGACUCGGAAUCCAGCCGUACUAUAAGUGAAUCUUCGCGCGCGAAUGAAGGAUCUGGCAGGAAAGGCACGAAGCGCAAGAGGGCAACCGGGAAUGACAAAGAUUCCAUGGACAUUGAUGAACAACCUAGGACACCGAAUGCGUGUUUCUUGACUUUUACUCGCCUUCUGGAUUGCUUGUAUAGUUUCGUCAUGCUGGCCAACCGAACGAACGAUGUUAAUGAGACCGGCCGCUCUCACCUCAGACACGCUCUUAGAGGAGACCCCCAGCCAGUUGCGAUCACACUCGGCAAAUCAUUCAAUUUCGCAUCCCUUGCGAUUUCACAUUUUUCUAAUGGGCGAAAAACAACAGAAUUACAACAUCUGUUCUAUGUCCUCCCUGCGCUCUUGGAGGUUUGGGAAUGGAGGUCUCAUCGUCAGGAUAGCUCGGACCAGGGAUCCAGUGAUGGAUCGUUUGCUUCUCAUUGCGCCCAACGUGCUCUAAGGCUGCUCCAUUCUGUGUACGCUGUUCAACUUGACACGGACGAGAAAGUCCACGUACUAAAUGGAGUUGAGCGCCUAAUUGCUCUUCAUGUGGUAUUACCUGCUCGUGAAGCCUUCUUUAGUAGAGGUGGCUCAGGGAUCGACUAUUCCGCUAGUGAGCCUGAUUGGAGUUCGGUCAAACCAGUUUCAGAUACUUUUCGACCAAUCCUCUGUGCUGUGGAGCUGCAAACACAGUCUUGUGCCACUAAAGCCCAAGAGAACACUACGAAGAAAGGUUCCUGGAAUGCGGCAGACCUCAUCCCAGAAUUCUUUGACAUCGCGUCACGAUCAGUGCCUCGAGACACGUUUCGAAGGAAAACUGAUGAAGCAGCUUGGUUGGAAACUCUGUUUGUUGCUGCUGCCGAGCUAUCAUUUUCCUAUGUGAAAUCAGAGAGCGCAACCGCAUUUCUUCCCGAAUUUGUGAAAGUUCUGGAGCAACUAUUUCGUGUAGCCCUUAAACGAGGUGUGCAACUAUCAUUACACACGCUUCUUACACAUGCGGCAUACACCGGUCUUCUCAAGGACCAACUUUCACAGGUCGAGUGGAACCUUAUUGCACUGCUUAUUGAACUGGGUGCGGAUAUCUUUCUUCCAAACUCCGGACUUGCAGAUUCCGAGAAGUACCUCGAAGCCUUACUCAGCAAGAUUAAGCUGCACUGGCGAACCGGCACUUCUACCGAUGGUAGCUAUGAAAUAAUCAAGAGUGGCAUCGUUCUUCCUCUGUUACGCGGGUUCAUGGGCGCCAGAGAUCUUGCUACUUUUAUGGAAAUCUGGUACCAGCAACUGACGGAUAUAGAAGAGGCAAGAAUGCUCGACAGCAAUCUCAGCCUCUUUACAGUGUGGGAAGAUGACGACCUAUGCGACGCGUACAGCGAGUUGAUGCGCAACCCUCUGAAUCAAACUCUUGCUUCUGCCCAAUUACACGCAGCAGCGGCUGAGAUUCGGAGCGAUGACAAUAAAAUUUCCCAUUCCGGGGGAGCCUACGCGCAGCUUCUGAUUGUUGAAUCUGGAUUCAGAAAACGGCCCGUGAACCUCGCGGAGACGAACGAUGAUCUCAAGUCUGCAAUCGAAUCAGUUACGUCCGCACUUUCUUCGGAUCAGUCUUUGCACUGGGGGUGGCGGUUGUGGAAAAUGCUUCGCAGUUUGAUUGAGAAUAAUGUGCAGAGAACCGAUACCGGUCUCGGUAUUCCCUUAAUAAACUUGGCUGGUGUAGCAGCAACGUCAGUUAAACGCCGACAUCAUGAAUUGCUGCAGAUAUUCAGUGCGCGGUUGGAAUGUUUUGAAGCAUAUAAAUAUGUUCUUGCGAUCAUGACGCACUACUCGCCUAGCACCGGCAAUCGUGACAAUUUCUCGUCCUUGAUGAAAGAAGUCAGCAAACUGUUGAGAUCGAUCACUGAAAAAGAUGCGCUCGAGUCCAUGGGUUCAGCAUGGAAUGGCAGUUUAAAAUCCCUUGACUCUCCAACUGUCCUAUCUCUGGCGUAUUUCUUAACCCUUCUUCGCCUCCCUAACCUUUGGACCCAAAUUGAGCCUCAGGUACGACGUUCUCUGUUUGCCCACAUCCUCUAUUUGGCGGCGGCACAAUAUCAGCCAUCCUCAUCAUCUCUUGGGGAUUUUUCUUCAGGCGCGCGUUUCCUGCAAUCCUGGGCUAGCACUGUAUCCCACGAAUACCUCCUGAACGCUCCCAGCAUCGUGAACGAUUUGAUUGCUGUGCUGUCCGAGCGAGUGAAGGUGGACGUUUCCAACCGAAAGCUCUAUAUUGAGAGCAUGCAAAGAAUUCCAGCGCCUCUUAUCACCCGCCGCCAGAGGGGAGAUCUUCUGGAUUUGUUGCAGAAUGUCCUAUCACAACAGCACCAAGCGUCUUUCAUUACCGUUGCGAUCCUGUCGCUGAUGGCUAAAUUGGCUGAUUUGCCGAAGUCAACGGCGGAGUUGACUGGCAAUUGGGAGCCGAUUUGGACUAUUGCUAAAUCAAUCUCACUCCAAGAUACGGAUGUUGAUCUUGAGGUCAUGAAGGCAUUUAGAUUCCUCCACCGUGCAGUGAUUUCAAAGCUACUUCUUCUAGCAGAGGGAGAGCGCCACAAGCAGUUCAAGAAGAUGCACCGCAAACUAUCAGGCAAAGUGUCCAAGUUGCAGUCAAUUGAUCGCAGCUCCAUGGAAUGCUUCCUUCUCCGGAUCUCCCUGUUCCAAUUAUGGCUACACAGGGAACGACUGGCAGAUGCAAUCGAUACCACAGAACUUGCCGCCAGUCGCGAGAAAGUGUUUGGGUUGGUGGUAGCUGAUCUGCGUUCGGCGAAAGAUCACUACAAGAAGCAACCAUUGGAAGAAACAAUUACUGUGAUUAAAACCCUGGACGCUCUAGAAGAUUUUGAGGAUCUAGCGAUGGGUCACGGGGAAGUGAAGAAAUUCUUAUCCAAGAUCGAGAGCUACGUUGAGAAAUCAGUGGACUCGGGGUCUUCCUUAAGAAGACUCAUUAGGCGCCGUGUUUUGGCUACACAGAAGCCCGAAAAGAACGCUACCGCCCCCGUUGUACAAUACGCCGAAUCGCUUCCUAUCCAGCACAUGUAUAGCGAGGAGCAACAGCUUUUUAUCCGGGCAAUGACUGAACGCUUCCGGUCUAUGUCCGCGGAAGCCCUGACUCGGGUUAUUCGAGAAGUUCGCCAACUAGGAUUCAUUGGCAAAAAUGCCGAAUACCAUUUGCUCAUUGCCGGUCUAGCUGUCGCAGCAGCUUCCCCCACUGAGGACAAGGAAAGCAAUCAAGCAAAGGAGUUGUCCCUUGUCUGUACCGAGAUCACCGAUGCACUGCACCGCAGUAAAUCUCCUGAAGAAUUUGUCCUGGCUACCGAGUGUUUAGACGUUUUCCUCCGCAGCCACCCACGCUGCAUCUCUCAAUGGAAUGUCGAUAGCCUGCUCUCGUGCAUUGCUGUAUGCGCCUCAAAAGCAGGGCCCCAUAUCAAUCCUGAGUUUUCCGGGAUGAUUUAUACCCGUUUGUGCCGACUAAUGGGUCUACUGUUGGGCCUUCACCGUCAAAAACUGGGGGGCCGUUUCCAUCUAAUCAUUUUAGCCAUGCAGCGGUUACUUCACUGCCUCUUUGCUAGAGCCAAGAAACGUAGCCGACCUACCAAAUCCGAUACGGGACAUGGGCAACAACCGUACUGGCUCUCCAAACUGAAUGCUGCGCAUGCCACACAGUUCACUCGCCUUCUCACUUCUCUCUGUGACCCGACGGUUUCUGCCGUCUCACGUCCAACGCCUGGGGGUGCUGGGCAUGAAGGUCUGACGGACCAGACAAAGAAGGCCAAGCAGAUUGCAGGACAAUAUCUACAGUACUUGAUUAUGGAUUAUGCCCAGAGCUCUCUCCGCAGUGCUCUUCAUCCCGAUGUGAAGGCGGCCCUCUUACCAGGGCUAUACUCGGUGCUAGACGUGAUGUCACGUGAUACAAUGCGAGCGCUGAAUGCUGGGCUGGAUAUCUCAGGACGGGCAAUGUUCAAGACACUGUAUGACGACUAUAUGAAGUUUGGAAAGUGGAAUAAGGGGUAG